UUUUUAUUUCCUAUUUGCAUUAAAAUUAGAGUUAGGCAAUAGAAGCUUUUCAGCUCUUAGGCUUUAUUGAUACGUUAUAGCUGAUUUAAUCCUCAGACAUGUCGAUUCACGAAUUUCAACAACUCGCCCAAGAGAUUUCGUACUCUUUCGAUGACACUGUGUACCUCGAGGAACGCCGGCCAUUGAAAUUUCCACACAGAACUCCAAGCUUAGACCUUCUUGAAGUCACAGAACUUUUUGGAAAUGUUGCAUUCGAAGAGGAGGCGGUUGAAGGCUAUUGGAUUGUAGAUCUUUUAACAUUAGACGAUCUCAAGAGUAUACAUACCGAAUUUAUUAAUUUUGUCGACCACAGAGUAGACCAACGUCAGUUAAAGACUCUUCUUACAAGGUACAACCCAAAACUCAACUGGCCAGAUGAAGAAUUUAAUCUCGUCUUCCUCAAGAUGGAUGAUGAUUUUGAUGGGUAUUGCGAUUGGGCUGAUUUUAUUGCUUAUCUGCUCUACGAGCUACAUUCGAAAGAAAAUUUAUUAUCUCCUGAUCAGCAACAGCAACUCGAGCUGCCAAUAAAUGAAACUACAAUAGUUCUUCCUUCGAGACACAGACAUCCGAUCAUUGCAGUUCUUUUCCGGCCUUAUAUCAACAAGGAUAGAACCUGGGACUACGACAAUGGAAAAUAUAUGACAGUGAGUACAGAUGGUGCUCUCAAUAUCUGGUCACUAGAUUUUGAAUUAGAAAAAUCUCAAUAUGCAUUUUACCCAAAGGAAGCAAAAGUGCAGAAGACAGUUGUGACAAGCGUUGUCUGCUUGACUGACGCAAAUCUUAUUUGCAUGGCGACCAGAGAGAGGGACUUGCGCUUCUAUGAUAUAUCACUCGGCAAUUUCCAUUUGAAGAGUUGCAUUGUUGGCCUUCAUCAAACGGUCACCGCUUUGCAUUAUCAUUUCUACCAGGACGAGGAAAAGCCGUCUGUUCUGAUCGGUGGAGAUCUGGUCGGAAACAUUUUGUUCUUAAAGUUGAAAACCAAGUCUGGCGGCCCGUUCAGAACACUUACUCAGACCAGCCAGAACGGUUUUGUUAUAAUUAAAAUCGCAAGUUUGGAACAUGGUCAAAUCCAAGGAAUUAAAUUUAAAAUGUUUGAGGGAUUUCAAUCUGACUGGAUACAUCAAAUUGAAUGGUUUCCUGAAAUAUCUCAAAUUGUAUCCUGCCAAAACAAGUCGAAAAAUUCCCUCAUUGCGUUCGACCCUUCGAGCAAGGAAAUAAAAAUGAAAUUCAGCAUACCAAAAGGUGUCAAUGUUUUUUGCAUCGUGAAAGACAGUGUACCGAUGAGAUACGUGACUGGUGGAUAUGACAGUGCGAUUAGAGUUUGGGAUCACAUGCACAGUUUUGAACCCUUGGCGGUCCUCCAUGGACACCACACUCCAAUAGCGGCUAUAAUAGUACAAAACAAAGGCACUAAAAUAUAUAGCCUAAGCAUAGAAAAGAUAUUCAAAGUUUGGGACGUCAAGCAAAAAGCAUGCAUCAUGACAGUUCCAGGGAAGCUAUCCGACUUGGGGAAAGAGAUACCAUUCACAUGUUUCUACAAUCCUGUGUAUAGGAGGUUCAUUGCUGCAAAUUAUAAAAUCAAUCUGUUAAGACUCGGCCAUGAGAUAAAUCACUAUUAUUCUGAAGGGUUUACACAUGUUGCUGGAGCGACCAAAGCACUAUUUAAUCCAAUUUUUAAAUGUGUUGUGACCGUGGGCAUGGAUUCCAACAUUCUUACGUGGAAUCCUUACAAUGGCAAAAGGAUUCACAUGAUACGUAAUGCGCACACAAAGGAGCAAUAUGGUGAGACCAAAGCUGUCGGUAUAACGAGUGCCACAUUUGGUCCUUCUUUAAUCCACUUGCUUACCGGAGCGGUUGACGGGAGUGUAAAAAUGUGGAACUUCUCUCUCGGCAUUUGUCUCAGGGACAUGCUAAUGAAAAAAGAUUGUUGUGUGACUGGACUGUACUGGAUACCGCAAAGGCUCCUGGCUAUGGGCUGGAACAAACACGUGACUGAGUGGGUGGAUGAGGUGGAGAUAGGAGACAGCAAGAAUUGGCCGAUGUACCACACUGAAGAUAUAACAGCAUCGGCAAUCUUCCCACCAAACAUCAUAGCGACAGGGACGUACAGCGGAGAAUUGAUAUUUCUUAAGUUAAAGAAUGGACAGCCAUUUAAAAUCCAUUUUGUCGGAGUCCCCAACUUGGACAAUCGUGUUGGAUUUGCAGUGAACCGAGGCAUCCCUCUGAAUUUGCGGUCAUCAUUUUGUGAAUCCACAAAAGAAAAGAAUAUUUUUCGCUGCCACUGCUUAGAAGAGAAGAAAUGCGAUUGUGAAUGGAUGUGCCCGUGUUUAGAAAACUGUGACUGCAAGGCCUCCGCUAGAUGCAAGUGUGACCAGACAGUAUUUUUCUAUAAAGAAGGAAAAGAAAUGGAAGAUUUGGAAUCAAUGUUUGAAGGCUUAGUCAGACGUGAUAAGGAGCCUUCAAAAUGUGCAAAAUCGCCGAAAUUACUAGAUUCAAAAAAGAAAAAGAAAAAGCCACAAUCCCCCAUUAUAACCGGAACUGCAGGAAGAAUGGAGAUACAUACAAUGUAUUUUCUCACAACCAGGGGGGACAAUCUUGAAGAAGGCUCCUUACUCGCUUCUCUUCAAAACGGCUGGGUCCAGCUCUGGUCUAGCAACCCUGAAGGGGGAUUAGUUAGCACUUUCUAUGCAAUACAUGUCGUCGGCGAUUAUGUUACUGAUAUGAUUGCAAAUGCUGACAAUUCUUUCCUCUUUACAGGUCACGCUUUUGGAUAUGUCAAAAUAUGGCAUAUUUCAAAUUUUGGAAGAGCAGGGCCACCAAUAAAAAGGAGCAUGCCAGUGCUGAGACUUAUGUUUCCAUUUCUCAUUAAAGACAAAAUACCAGGGAGGGCUAAGCGAGCUGCAAAAGGUCAAUCUGAGCCUGUGCUUCUGUCUUCUUGUCGAAAUCAUGUUUCUAAAGUAUCACAUAUUGAGCUAAUAGAAGUUAAUCAAAUAUAUAUAACGUGUGGUUUAGACAAAGCCGUUAGAUUUUGGACGUAUGGAGGCCAGUACAUUGGGACCCUCGGUGGAUGUUUACCUUGGCCAAAAAUACCUCCAGAUGCUCCUUUCAAACCAUGGCCACACAGGAUCCCACCAGAUCUAAAACGUGUCGUUUCUUCUACAAGUCUAAAAGUUUUGACAGACUGCUAUGCUAAAGAGGUCAAGUAUGAUGAUAAGUCCAACAAGACUGAUCUGUUUUCUUCGGAUGACGAUGAUGAAAAAAGGUACAAGAAAGUCAUCGAAGCAAGGGAGCUCAAACACAAAAUAUACCCUGAUUCGAUGAAGAAAAAUGUCCUGGGCCAAUUUUUUAAACUUACUGAUCUAAAAGUUACUGUCAAACCGCCUCCAAAAUUGAAUCUUCAGGAUCCUGUGCUGAGGGUGCUUAACUUAAUGAAAACUACUGAAAUGGAUCCUGUCCGUAAACCUAAAACUCCUCCGUAUGCUAGUCGGGAAGACUGCCAAAAAAAUUGGGAGGACAAGAUGUCUAUCAUGCUAAAGCAAGCGAAUGAGUCCAGGGGUCGUUCACGUUCUAAGCGACAAGCACGUUUAAAGAGAGAGAAACAAGAGUUGUCAAAAAAUAAUAAUCAUACAAGAAAGCAUAUUUUGGCUAGAUUGCGUAGUCAGUCUAAAAAGCGUUUAAAUUCAAAGAAGAAGUCAGCAGCAAAGAAGCACCCACUCAUGAAAAAACAGAAAAAACCUCAAAACAGGAAGCGUUCUAGAUCGGUUCAAACAAAAUUCCGUGCGGAAGAUAAACUACCACCGCGUACUCAAUCCAUACUGCAUAUAAAACAUGAUCAAAAGAGAGUUAUGAGAAUUCUACGAAAGGAAGUAAAAAAGAACCAACAGACUCAAGUUGUGCCUUUUAAAGAAUCAGCCGAAAUGUGUAAAUGGAAGAUGUCAUUCAGCAGACUUACCAAAAAUAGUCAAAUACUCUUAAAAGAGCCGAAAAAGUCAACAGAUAUUACAAAGGGCAAAGUACAAUUUAAAGUUGACAAAAAAUUAGAAAAAGCAAAGAAGUUGAAAAUGCAGAUGAUGGCAGCGAGAAAACAGGCUAAAACGCCCACAAUCAUUCAUAAGGGAAAGAAAUCACCAACCCAAAUGAAAAGAGUCCGAGGCUUAUAUGCUUCUUCAUAUGAAAUCCCUGACAUAGUGAAAUUAAUCAAACAUGCACAUAAAAACCAAUUAAAAAAUUUAAGACUCAAUUCAAGCAAUAUUGGCGAAAUCAUUGACUAUCUUCUCGACAAUCGAUGUGCUACGGCUGCCAUAGACUGAGUAAAGAAAAAUGUUGACAAAAACAGAAAUACAUAAAAUUCUUGUUGCACAUAAUUUAACAUUGAAUAGAGAUUUUUCAAGUAGA